GCCGGCACGCGUCCCCGGUCGCCGGCGGCGUCACGCAUCCCCAAAAACAGAACCGCCGCACCGGUCAAACACUGACGUCGCACCAACACAUCUCGUCCGGGCCGGUGCAGCUGCCCACGGGUCCUUCCGGGCAGCUUCCCGCGUCAUCUCGGCCGUUCGUUUGCGUACCGACGGCCCGGGAUCGCCCUUGCCGGAUUUCCUCGCUGCCGCCUGCCCACCGCAGCGCAUUAUUGCCAGCCUUGCCGCACGCGGAUAAAUCAAACUCGCCGCGCCGGAAAGCGACCGCAGAGCCGGCCCGUCUCCUCUCCUCCUCGAUAUAUGACCACCAGCACUGUGUUUCCCACGCCUAACCACUCCGACGCGUGACAGCCGCCGGCGCCGAUCUGACCAGCCUCCCUCCGCCUGCCUCGCACGCGCGCCGGGGAAAGGGAAAGGGAAAGGGAGAGAGGAUCAGAGGAAGAUGUGCUGCUGUUGCGGCGGCGGCGACCGCGACCACGACCACGGCUGCCGGCCGCUCGGGUUCCUGCUCGGCCUGCCCUUCGCGCUCCUCGCCGUCCUCGUCUCCAUCGUCGGCGCCAUCAUCUGGAUCAUCGGGCUGCCCAUCUCGUGCAUCUGCCCGUGCUGCCUGUGCGUGACGCUGCUGCUGGAGGCGGCGGUGGAGCUCGUCAAGGCGCCGCUGCACGUCAUGACGUGGUUCACCUCCAAGAUACCCUGCUGAUUCCGCGGUGACCAGGGGCCGCUCGCUCGCCCCCUCGCUCAUGGCUUAGUCGUCGCUGCACAUGCCCGCAGAUUCUUGUUGUUUUUUCCCACCUGGAAACAUAUAUGUUCGCGGAUUGAUUGGUGUAUAUUCGUACCGUGGCUGAUGAUUCCUGCUCGUUUCCCCCUCUGGUUCGAUCGUUUCUGUGAUCCCUUCCGGAUGUUUGGUGAUUGUGACUUUACUUUUCGCGACUGUUAGCGACUGCAUGUAGUUCUGUUUCCGUCAGUUUCUUCGGCUGUUGGUUAUUCACUUAUUUGUCAGCGAUUGCUAUGGACGA